CGGGAAUGGAUGUUGGGAGAAGGGGGCGGGGCGGAGCCGCCUGACUUCCGGCGCUGGGGAGGUCACUCUCGAGCUCGCAGAGUUUUGCUUCCGAGGUCGGUGACUGUAGCACGCGACUGGAUCCCACGUUGUUGGCGUUGGCGUCUCGGGGCUGGGAGCUAAGGAUCCCUGGCGCGGUGUUUGGGCGAGCUCUCGAGAAGGCUCCUGGGCCCUUGGGGAGUGGGAGGAUUAACCCGUAGAGCCUCAUGCCCAUGGAGGAGCCAGGCUGAGAUGUGGAUCUCUCCCCAAAGCGGGUGCUCCUUGCGGGCCCUGCUGACUUUUCGGUGGCCCAUAACAUGGAUAGGGUGCAGGGGCCUCCCCCGGGGUCCAAAACCCGGACCGCCUCGUAGGACCUAUCGGAAGGAGGUUCUGCCAGCCCCUGAAAUACCCGUGGUGCUUGUCACUGCAGCCGAGAUACGGCAAUAUCUUCGGUCCCGGGGUAUCCCAUUCCAGGAUGGACACAGCUGCCUGCGAACACCCAGCCCAUUCCUGGGGCCACGGGGCCCAGAGGCAAAGAACUGGACUGAGGGCAGCCCCCACACUCUUUUCAUUGACAAGACCACAGGCCACUUCCUUUGCACUGGCAGCCUGGCCGAGGGCAACUGGGAGGACUUCCAGGCGUCUGUGGAGGGUGGCGCAGCUGGGUCCUGGGCUAGUGAGGGUAGAGGAAGUGAGGCUGUAGACAGCCAAAGUGUUGAUGUGCUAAGGAUCUGGGAUCGGGCAGUGCCACUCCCUGAAUUGCCAGACCAGGAAGAGAUUCACAUGGCCCGUACAAUGUUCAACCUGGCAAAGGUGUCUGAUGCCACACUGAAGCACUUCAGUGUGCGCUAUCUUCGAGCUGCCAGAAGCUUGGUCUUUCCAUGGUUUUCCCCAGGGGGCUUGAGUCUUAGGGGACUGAAGCUGCUGAAGGCAGAAGGUAAAGGGGAUGGUGUCUGCUACGUGGAGACCACUCUUCCUCGACCCAGUGUCUACCAUAACUUAUUUGGGUUGCCAUUGAUCAACCAGCGAGAUGUGGAGGUGGUUUUAACCAGUCGGGAGCUGGAUAGCCUGGCUUUGCAUCAGGCCACAGGGCUGCCCACACUGGCACUACCUCGAGGAUUUGCCUGUUUGCCCCCUACCCUACUCCCUUACCUGGAACAGUUUCGGCGAAUUGUACUCUGGCUGGGUGAUGACUUGCGGGCAUGGGAGGCUGCUAAAUUGUUUGCUCGAAAGUUGAACCCCAAACGAUGCUCCUUAGUUAGGCCAGGAGACCAGCAGCCCCGCCCACUAGAAGCUCUGACCCAGGGCUUGAAUAUGCAGAGAAUACUAAGGUCAGCCCUGCCUGCUGGCCACAAGUCUAUAGUGUCUUUCCGGCAGCUGAGGGAAGAAGUUCUGGGAGAGCUGUCUAAUGUGGAACAAGUAGCUGGAGUACGAUGGGGACGUUACCCUGACCUCAACCGACUUUUGAAAGGCCAUCGAAAGGGCGAGCUAACUGUCUUCACAGGACCAACAGGCAGUGGGAAGACAACAUUCAUUAGUGAAUAUGCACUGGACCUGUGUACACAGGGAGUGAAUACACUGUGGGGUAGCUUUGAGAUCAGCAAUGUGCGGCUGGCCAGGAUCAUGCUGACCCAGUUUGCUAUGGGGCGACUUGAGGAAAGGCUGGAAGAGUAUGAUGAGUGGGCUGACCGCUUUGAAGACUUGGCACUUUAUUUUAUGACCUUCCACGGGCAGCAGAAUAUCCGGACUGUGGUGGACACGAUGCAGCAUGCUGUUUAUGUCUAUGAUAUCUGCCAUGUGAUCAUUGACAAUUUGCAGUUCAUGAUGGGACAGGAACAACUCUCCACCGACAGGAUUGCAGCCCAGGACUAUAUCAUAGGAGCCUUCCGGAAGUUUGCCACAGACAAUGGCUGCCAUGUGACCCUGGUCAUUCACCCCCGGAAAGAGGAUAAUGACAAAGAGCUGCAAACAGCAUCAAUCUUUGGUUCAGCCAAGGCCAGCCAGGAGGCAGACAACGUCUUGAUACUUCAGGACAAGAAGCUGACAACAGGUCCAGGGAAACGCUACCUACAAGUGGCUAAGAACCGUUUUGAUGGGGACGUGGGUGUCUUCCCCCUGGAAUUCAAUAAGAGUUCACUGACAUUCUCGACCCCAGCCAAGGGCAAGGCCCGACUCAAGAAGGUCAAAGAUAAUGAACCAGACCCCCCAAAGCCUCCAUCUAGGAAAGGAGGGGGAGCAACUGGGAAGCAAAAGGACAAAGUAGCCCAGACCCCUCCUCCCUGACAGCCAUAUUGAGAGCAGUGUGGAUGCUGUGUUCAAGGAGCUCCCCAUACCCUUUUGGGGUGAAAUCUAGCUAUGAGCUUGGCCUUGCCUUUGUGGGAGUUGCUGAGUAGGAAUGUCCUUUCAUGUGCCUUGGUAUGGAAGCCAAGAGAGUUGGCAGUCCUGGAAGAGGUUUGGUCAUGGGGCCAUCCUCAGGACUGUGUGGAUCUGACCCCAGUGGAAGUAAUCAAUAGCUCUGAAGAGAGCUGAGUCACAGGGCUUUUCUGUAGGAAAAUAAACCUAUUUUUGUCACA